UGUUGAAUCAACAAUGUUCAGUUAAACAGCGUACAUAAAAUACAGAUUACGAAAGAAUUGAGAGUAGUAUAUUAUCCAAUCUGGGAGAUUCAAAUAUCACAAAAUAUUUAUAAAAAAAUGCCGUCUUCAAAGAAUAUCUGCAAAGUCAUACUUCCAACUAUUCUCCUUCUCACCGGAUGCGCAGGAUUUAUCCAAGAGCUCACCCUCUACCAUGGGCUUGACUGCACGGGGGCCUCGGUUACGUUUCAAACUAAGGAGCAAAACUUAGCAAAUUGGGAUUUGUUUCUUAGCGACGCACAAUCGUUCCAGGCUUUGGGAUGGUGGUGGUUUUUCACGGGAACAGGUUUUGCUCCCUAUCUAACCAACUCAGGCUACAGGUCUACCCCGUAUUGUGCAAAUAGCUCGUACAUAUAUGCCUCACAAUCCCUAAGAUUUGCAGGACCUCUAGAAACUGCCACACCAGCAUUGGCUGUUUACGAAUCUUGGUAUUCAUCAGGGGCUGGAAGAGAAGUUAUUUUUACUACUGGGGCCGCAAACAAUUUUGGAUUUAUCGCUCGGUCCGCAAUUGCAUCCGGCACUUCAAGCUGGACUUUAUACUAUAAUGAAAAUUUCACCGGAAAUACUACCUGUCUUUCUUCCGGCGGCGAGCUUGUUAUUACGUCAGCAACCUUUGGAUCGGCAAUUAUGGGGUGUAACUGAAAAUAAAAGGUCAGUAAUGAAACCGACGGUUUCAAACCGUUAUGGGGAAGGAACCCAGUCUUUUUCAGGUUAAUUAAUUAAUUAUGUAUAUUCUUUAAUAUUAAUAUUUACCCUUGUAAACAUUUUUAAUCGAAAUUCAAUGCCAAAGUAAUAUUAAAUUUUAGAAGGUGUUGGAAAACUCAGCAUGUGAAAAAUUAAGGGAAAUAAAUAAAUAAAUCGAAAAAG